AUGCAUAGAUCAAAAGAUAAACUGAGGGACACUACACGGAGUAUAGGGAAGAGUCCAUUUGAAGUUGUUUACGAAGUGCAUCCUAGAGGUAUCUAUGAAUUGAGAGAUUUGAGCGGAAUGGAUAGGAAUGCCCAAGGUGAAGACUUUGUAGCAGCCAUGCAUGACAUCCACAAACAAGUCGAGGAGACACUUGAGAAGAAUGUGGACAAGUAUAAGAGGAAGGCAGACUUGAAGAAGAGAGAUGUACAAUUCAAGGUGGGUGAUCUACAUUUGAGCAAGGAGGGAUUGCCAAAGAGCAAGUAUACAAAGUUGAUGAUGAAGAAGAUAGGGCCAUGUAAAGUGGUUCACAAGUAUGACAAUAAUGCUUAUGAGAUUGAACUCCCACCGGGGGUUGCUAUCUCACCUAUAUUCAAUGUAACAGAUUUGUAUCCCUAUAAGGAAUCUGAUUUUGCAGGUCAAGGAGAAGGAGGAGUUGAAGAUGCUGAUAUGGAAUGGGUCAACGACCUUUCACUUGCUCAGCCUACACAACUUGAAGCCAUUUUGGACUCAAGAGAAGUGAAGAGGACGAGGAAAGUUUAUAAGGAGCACCAAGUGGUUGGGAGUACCAAAUGA